CCCGACCGCUGGCGUGGCCCGCUGCAGCCCUCCCGGGUCGAGCGGCUCCGCCGGGCUCGCAGGCGGCCUCCGCAGCAGCCCAAGCCCAUGAGGGCCGCGCGCCCCGCCGCCGGCGCUGACGAGACGGAGCUCCCGGCGCGCGCGGAGGAGCGGCGGAUCAAUGCGGUUCCAGAAUCGAUUCCAGCGUUUCAUGAACCAUCGGGCCCCAGCCAACGGCCGUUACAAACCGACGUGCUACGAACAUGCUGCUAACUGUUACACCCAUGCAUUCCUCAUUGUUCCGGCCAUUGUGGGCAGCGCCCUCCUCCAUCGGCUGUCCGAUGACUGCUGGGAAAAGAUAACAGCAUGGAUUUAUGGAAUGGGGCUCUGUGCCCUCUUCAUCGUCUCCACGGUGUUUCACAUUGUGUCGUGGAAAAAGAGCCACUUAAGGACUGUGGAGCAUUGUUUUCACAUGUGUGAUAGGAUGGUUAUUUAUUUUUUCAUUGCUGCUUCUUACGCUCCAUGGUUAAAUCUCCGAGAACUUGGACCACUGGCAGCUCAUAUGCGUUGGUUUAUCUGGCUCAUGGCAGCUGGAGGAACCAUUUAUGUAUUUCUCUACCAUGAAAAGUAUAAAGUGGUUGAGCUCUUUUUCUAUCUCACAAUGGGCUUUUCUCCAGCCUUGGUGGUGACAUCAAUGAACAACACGGAUGGACUGCACGAGCUUGCCUGUGGGGGCUUGAUUUACUGCUUGGGAGUCGUGUUCUUCAAGAGUGACGGCAUCAUCCCCUUUGCCCACGCCAUCUGGCACCUGUUCGUGGCCACGGCAGCUGCAGUGCAUUACUACGCCAUUUGGAAAUACCUUUACCGAAGUCCCACAGACUUUAGGCGCCAUCUAUGACCAGCCUGUACUAGGUCUCCAAAGCAGUAUUAUGUCAGUUGUGGCACUUGGGAGCGGGGAAAGAGCUGCAAAUUGCACAGGGGGGGCGGGAGGCGGGGGGGAGAAAAAAACAACCGCACUGACUUUCUUCAUAUCUUUCGAAUAUAAUUACUGUGAAAGUAUAAAGCUGUGUUCUGGGAGUUUUUCUCCUGCAUAGCAAACAAAUCAGGUCGAGAAUUAGUUAUUCAUUCCAUCCCACUGUCGUGAAGGACUUUGGAUAGAUUUGGCCAGCUGAUGUUUACAAACCAGAAUUUUGUAUUUUAGUUUUACAGAUUUUACUACAUGAUUUUUCUAAAUUCCUAGGGGAGGUUGCAAAAGUCAGUGCAAUAAGAAAACUUCCUUUUUAAGAAAAAAAAAAAAAAACCCAAUUGUUUCUAUCACUUUCCCAUUCACUGUGUGAAGAAUCACGGACAGAGCUUAUACUACUCUCUACCAUGUUCCAUCUUGGCAUAACAUGGUUAUUUUUUAAAUAGAAACUUUAGGUUUUUGUAAAUUUUUAAAGAAACAAUCUCAUUGAAGCACAUCUUUGCAGCUCCUCCUUCAUGUUGUGAAUUUUUGCAGUAAGCAACCAACAUUCCACAAAUGGACAAACAUUAUACCUCUUCUGACAGUUUUAUGAAACGUGGAGAAAUUGCCAAUUUUUAAAAACUACAGUUUUCCAAACUUUUCUGCCAACCUCUAACUGAAUUCAGUGCUGUUUGGGGCCGUAUACAGGACCUCGUUUGGUUUAUCAGUGAUGGAAAAGUAUUUUGAUAUCAUUCACUUUUUCAAAAGAUCCACAUUUUCUCGAUGCCUUUGCCAUGCGUUCUUCAGGGUCUCUUUCAGGAGGGGCUGAGUAUUGUGUGUGUAUUGCAACAGCCGUGUUGGGGAGACCACCUGCUGGGCUCUAGGAAUACAGUGAAUCAUUGUUGUUUGUUUGUUUGUUUUUGCCUGUUUGGUGCCUCGUAGCUCUCUAGUGCCUGUUUGAUACUCAUUUCAAAUUGUGGAGCUGGUUGCAUCAAUUCAAAUUCCUGCCGUGUCCUCCUGCAGCCCUCAGUGUACUGCUUUUUGAUUUUGUUUUUGUUUUAUCACAGCAAAAUAUAUUUAAAGAAUUGACAAGCAGAAACUCAUGUCUAUAGCCCAUGAGUUAUAUCCUGACUCAGUAGAGUGGUAUUUAUAUAUGUAUAUAUUAUGUUUUUGGUUUGCUCUCAUUGUCUUAUAUUAAGAUUAACAUAUUAGUUGCUUUAUUGGUGUUUUAAGAAAUGAAAUCACCUUGCCUUUAGGCCAGGGGUGCAUGUAGCCUGUUUUUCUAGCAAUGGGCUUGCUCCUUGGAAUUGUCAGUUAACAGUAGGCUCAUGAACUCAAAAUAUAUACUGAUGUCACUUUAAGAGAGAAUGUAUUUGAUACUUAUGUUUAAAACUGGUGAGGUAUUGGGGGGUGAGGAACAGCAGAGCUGACACUUCCGGUGAAUUCUUAAGAAGGCAAGGUACCUAGUGAUGACGCCAUUAGCCCGCCCCUGUAUGCAUGCUUCUGGACAUCCGGGUGCCUGUUAUUUUAUUGCGUGUGUUUUAAUAUGUUAACUUUUUGUGGAUUCAGUGAAAGUCUGCUCAAAAGUAGCACUGUCAAAACCACUAAAUAUAUGUAAAAUAUUGUGCUGUAGACUGAAAUAAAAUUGUUACUUGGAUUUA